AUGGCGCAGUCCACCCGCAUGUGCGCCGGGCUCAGAUGCAAUAGCAUGGGUUCCAGGGCUGUGGGGCGCUCGUUGGGUCGCGCACAGGUUGCAAAAAAAACGCACGCGUUCAUUGCGACCUCCGCCGCGCCUCUCCGCGUGACUUGCAUGGCCAACCAGAGGCGCGUGGCGAAGGUGCAGCAGCAGAUGCGCAGAGAGAUUUCUAACAUGAUGCAGACUGACAAGAAAUUACGCGAUAUGGUGUAUCCCGAGGAGCGGAUGGGAGUGGAUAACGUGAUGUCUUGCAUGGUGACCGUGGCUGAUGUUGAGGUCUCUGGCGACCUCCAGGUUGUGAAGGUGUUUGUUUCAAUCCUCGGCGACGAACGCGGGAAGAAGAACGCCAUCAACGGAUUGAAGAAGAUGGAGGGUUACGUGCGUCGAAACAUAGGGAAGAGGGUGUCGCUUCGGCUCACCCCUGAUAUCAGGUUCGUGUACGAUGACUCGUUCGAGCGUGGUCAGAGGGUGUCGUCACUCCUCGACGAGCUUCGAGUCGAGAGGGAGGUGAGGGAAGCGCGUGGCGGUGGAUACACCAAGUCCGAGCUUCUCGCCGUCGAGGACACCAUCACAAACCCUUACGGCGAUGAAGAGGAUAGCGAUUGGAUUGAGGAUCUCGAUGAGCUCAUUGGGGAGGAGGAGGAGGAGGAGGAGGAGGAGGAGGAGGAUAUUGACAUCGAGGCAGUUUGGGAUGAGUUACAAAAGAAUGCCAAAAUUGACGACUGA